AAUAGGUUGAAGAGAAACGAUAAAAAAUGCAUCUCAAUUUUCGAUUCCGAUUCACUUUGGCCGACAUUUGAGUUUUUCAUUUUUCUCCUUUCAAGCGCAACGGCAACAACUUAAACAGUAAUACCCAAAUUAUGAUUCACGUGAUCCAUUUCCAAGCUUAAUUGCGCCUCUCAAAGUUUAUUGGAACCAUAAUUUCAGUACCACAGACGACGCAGAAUGCCAGAUUAUCCCCCCUUCGUGCCUUCAAUUCUGUUUCUGUUUUCUGUUUCAUCCCUCUAGCGAUUCUGAAUGCUGAGUUCUUACGUUCAACUGGGUUUCUUUGACUUCUCCUGCUUCUCGGAGUUAGUUGUCUGGGUCUCUCUCUAAUUCUUUCGUUGAGAUUUUUUGAGACUAAGGCGCAGCUUGUGGGAGUUCUUGAUUGGCAGUGUAGUGGAAGGAGCUAGCACUAGCAGUAUAGAAGUGAAGAAGGAUGUGUCUGUGGCCAAUGGUGUACGUGGAUCUUUAGUUAGCAAGCAUUUGCGUGAAAAUUUUUACUGGGUAGCUGUUGACACAUAGCCAAUUCAGCUAUUAUCAAUUUUUGUGGCCUUCUGAGUCUCAUGAGUUCAAGAAUGUUGGUUCCUUUACUUGAAGAGAGCACCGCAGCAUAUGGAGGACACAGGCAGCAUAGUAAUUUACUAUCACAUCAGUGAUAAAGAGAAGCACGAUAGGUCAUUUACUUGACUCUCCACAAAGACAAAAAAUCUGGAUUUUUUCCACAUGCGAGGAACUUACUACUCCAGUGCUCUUCAAUCAUAUUCUAAUGACUGUGUAAUGAUCAAUCACAAUGUGAAUAACACGUAUUUGGAAAUUGGAGGUUAGAUUACUUGGAAGACCAUUUCCUUCAUAAUUUGAGGAUUCUAGAUAUCCCCGCUCAUGGAAAAGGUUGUUCUGGGAAUUUUAGGUUAGGAACAGCGUGUUAGUGCACCUAUUGGCAGUGGAAAAAAUCUACUAUCGGAGGAGGAAAACGUCACUUUUUUCAGAUCCAUGACAGAGUGGAUUGGUACACAGAGGCCCGACCUAAAAUUUGAUGAAUUGUCAGGGGAAAAACAGAAACAAUUACUUGCAGAUCUAGUGAAGAUACAACGUGAUGGGACUGUAGAAGUUGAUAUAGAGAAAAAUGCCCCUGCUGCUUCAGAACUGUUAAAGCUUCAUCCUACCUCGGAAGGGUCAUCUCCCAGAGUUGAUGACAUCAUUUCUGAGUCCAACAAAUUGAUUCCAAGGUUGAAGAUUGCAAUACUUGUGGUUGGAACAAGAGGAGAUGUGCAGCCUUUCUUGGCCAUUGCAAAGAGGCUCCAGGAAUUUGGUCACUAUGUUAGGCUUGCCACUCAUACUAAUUUCAGAAACUUUGUGAAGUCUGCUGGUGUUAACUUUUAUCCUCUGGCUGGUGAUUCUCGUGAUUUGGCUGAAUAUAUGACCAGAAACAAAGGUUUCAUUCCAUCUGGACCGGGAGAAAUAUCUGUUCAAAGGAAACAUCUAAAGGUCAUUAUAGAGUCCACACUUCCUGCUUGCACUGAACCAGAUCUAGAAACUGGGAUGCCUUUUAGGGCUCAGGCAAUUAUUGCAAAUGCGCCUGCUUAUGGACAUACACAUGUUGCUGAAGCUCUUCGUGUACCUUUACAUAUAUUCUUUACAAUGCCUUGGACGCCAACAAAUGAGUUUCCUCAUCCAUUGGCACGUGUACCCCAAAAUACAGGUUACUGGCUUUCUUAUAUCAUAGUGGAACUACUGAUAUGGUGGGGAAUAAGGGGAUCCAUUAACGAGUUCAGGAGGAAGAAGUUGAAUCUUGCUCCCAUUGCAUAUUUUAGUACAUAUCGGGGAUCAAUUUCUCAUUUGCCUACGGCCUACAUGUGGAGUCCCUCUGUUGUGCCAAAGCCAAAGGAUUGGGGGCCUUUAGUUGAUGUUGUUGGCUAUUGUUUCCUGGACCGUGGAUUCAAGUAUCAGCCUGAAGAGUUGGUCGUGCAGUGGAUUCAAAAAGGAACAACACCCAUAUAUGUAGGAUUCGGGAGUAUGCCUCUUGCGGAGCCUCAGAGGACAAUUCAUAUCAUAUUGGAGGCAUUAAAGGAUGCAGGGCAAAGAGGAAUAAUUGACCGGGGUUUGGGAGGCCUAGGCAAUUGUACAGAACUUCCUGAAGAUGUACUCCUUAUACAAGACUGCCCCCAUGAUUGGUUAUUUCGUCAAUGUUCAGCUGUGGUUCAUCAUGGUGGUGCUGGAACUACAAGCACAGGACUUAGAGCUGGGUGCCCUACGACCAUAGUACCAUUCUUUGGAGAUCAAUUUUUCUGGGGUGAGACAACUCAUCAGAAAGGCCUUGGACCUGCACCGAUUCCUAUAUCUCAGCUAAAUCCCGUGAAUCUGUCCAAUGCUAUUAAUUUUAUGCUCCAGCCUGAGGUUAAACUUCGAGCAACUGAAAUAGCAAAACUUAUCGAUAGCGAGGAUGGUGUUGUGGCAGCUGUUAAUGCAUUUCAUCAUCAUUUACCUUCAGAGCUGCCUCUUCCACCUGCAUCCGAAGAGGAGGAAGACUUUGCAAGCCCUCUGCAAUGGCUUCUUUUAAAAGUGGAAAAAUGGUGCUGCCUUCCUUGUGGUCUUAGGUUUUGAUCUGCAAUGCCAUUUGAGGUAUAGGUACAACAAUAUAUUCUUUUCAUUCUUAGUUUUUGUAUUUCAUUCAUUCAAAUAUCUAAUUCAUAAAACUUGGUAGAUGAAAAUAAAUUAUUAUGUUCUUUUAGUAGUGUCUCAAUGGUAGUUCAGAAUAAGCAGAAUGUAGAGACUUGAGUAUUUAGUGCAAUAGUAUUCUUUGACAAACACUUGAAAUUCUCAAGAUACAGAUAAAACAUGAACUCAUAGUAGCUAGUGGCUCAUAAUUAUUCUAUUGCAAAGAUCACUUUACUUUCUCAAGGAGCAAGACCUUCAGGCGCAAUGGAUGGUGGGAGUGGAAGUGAUGGUGGUGUUGGAGGAUUGCUUCCUUUAGUAUCACAAUAGACCGCUAGAAUGUUAGCUUCUUCUACUGUAUAUCCCAAUGAGCCGAGUAAUGUUGACCAACACUUAUGUUGGAUGAUUUCGAUCGAUUGACAACAGUUGGGACUUAAGUUAAAUUUUCCGCUGAGAGAGAAUGUGAUAAUUUCACUGCUACAUGCUUCGAGUUGAAACAAAGAUCCCCAACAAUUUGAUGCAUUGUUUUCUAAAUUCAAUCGUGUUGCUAGGCUUGGCCUAGACUCGACCAUGAAUGAGAAGGCAAAAACUAGAAGACAUGUGAGAAUUAAGAGCUUUGAAAGGUAAGCCAUUUUUUUUUCUUUUUGAAGAAACUAGGUAAUAGAUGAGAAGAAGGCUAAAUUUCUGUGUUUGCCAUGGGCUGUAUGGAGUAGGGUUUAUAUAGGGGCAUGAAGAUUUUGUUUAUUUUAUGUAACAUAUAAAUGGAAAAAUGAAGGGAUUUCAUUUAUUUAUGAAAUGAAGUUAAUGAGUUUAUGUAA